GCAUGAGCCACCUAAAGAGGAACUGGUGGUUUUAGGAGCGCUGUCGAAGUUGCUGUUUCUACAACGGCUUUCUCUCCCAUCUUUCAGUUUGCAGCAAGUUCCCCAGCAGCUGCCGAGGUCAGUACAGAGCUGGAGCUUCCCGCGCCAUGAACACCCUCGGGGCUGCCCUGCUCCUCUGGACUGUGGCGGCAUGCGCUGGAACAGACGACCUUCUGCCUGAGCUAGAUGAAACCGGGUUUCAGAAAUGCCGGGAUGCCUUGAAGCUACCUGUCCUGGAAGUCUUACCUGGAGGGGGAUGGGAUAAUCUUCGGAAUAUGGACAUGGGACGGGUGAUGGAGUUGACUUACACUCGCUGCAGGACCACUGAGGACGGACAGUAUAUCAUUCCCAACGAAGUCUUCACCAUUCCCCAGAAGGAGAGCAACCUGGAGAUGAACUCGGAAAUCCUGGAGUCCUGGAUGGAUUACAAGAGCAGCACCUCCUUCUCUAUUAACUUGGAUAUCUCCCUUUAUUCCAAGAUCAAUGGCAAAUUUUCUACGGAGUUUCAGAGGCUGAAGACUCUUCAAGUGAGGGACCAAGCUGUAACCACUCGAGUUCAAGUCAGAAACGUGAUCUACACAGUCAAAAUCAGCCCAGCCUCCGAGCUCACCUGGGAGUUUAAGAAAGAGCUCAUGGACAUCUCUGACCGUCUAGAGAACAACCAGACGAGGAUGGCCACCUACCUGGCAGAACUCCUGGUCCUCAACUACGGCACCCACAUCAUCACCAGCGUGGACGCUGGGGCUGCUCUCAUUCAGGAAGACCACAUCCUGUCCUCUGCUCUCCAGGACAGCCAGAGCAGUCAAAAGAGUGUGACUAUGUCUGCCGGAGCUGUCUUCUCACGCAUUGUGAAUGCCAAAGUAGACACUGGGUACUCCACUGAGGAAGCCUUGAUCAAGGGCUACCUCUCCAACCGGACCAACUCCAGGGUGCUGAGCAUGGGCGGAGUUCCCUUUCACCCAGGUAUCACCCUUGAAACCUGGCAGAAAGGCAUCAACAACCACCUGGUAGGAGUGGACCGGGCUGGCCUGCCCCUUCACUUCUUAAUCAAGCCGGGCAUGCUGCCCGAGCUGCCAAGGCCACUGGUGAAGCAGGUGUCCCAGACGGUGGAAGAUGCUGUGCGUCGCUAUUACGACUUCAAUACCUACCCUGGGUGCACAGAUGCCAGCUCCUCUAACUUCAAUUUCCUGGCCAAUACAGAUGAUGGCUCCUGCGGUGGGAAGACGAACAACAUCUCCUUUGGCGGAGUUUAUCAGAAAUGCACCCAGCUCUCGGGCAGGGAUCUUGCCCUCUGCCCAAAGUUGGAGCAGAAGAACCCGCUCACGGGGAACUUCUCCUGCCCCUCCGGCUUCACCCCAGUCCAGCUGCUCUCUCAGACCCACGAGCAGGGCUACAACCGCCUGGAGUGUAGGAAGAAGUGCACGCUCUACGUCUUUUGCAAGACAGUGUGUGAAGACGUAUUCCAGGUGGCAAGGGCUGAAUUUCAGGCAUUUUGGUGCGCAGCCAGUGACCAAGAACCCAGACACUUGGGGCUUCUCUUUGGAGGUCUCUUCAGCAGUCGGAGUGUAAACCCUCUGACGAACCAACAGUCCUGCCCAGCUGCCUACACUACACUGAACCUCUUCGAGACCCUCAAGGUAUGUGUUACUCAGGACUAUGAGCUGGGGUACAAGUUUUCUGUUCCCUUUGGCGGGUUCUUCAGCUGUGCGGCUGGGAACCCCUUGGUAAAUUCUUCCUUAUCUGGAGACCUUCCGAAGAAGUGUCCCGGGGGCUUCAGCCAGCACUUGGCCCUCAUCAGUGACGGAUGCCAAGUGUCCUAUUGCGUCAAGGCUGGGGCGUUUACCGGCUGGUCCCUGCCCCCUGCCAGGCUCCCACCUUUCACCCGGCCCCCCCUCAUGAGCCAGGCUGCCACCAACACUGUCAUCGUGACCAACAGUGAGAGUUCCAGCUCUUGGAUUAGAGACUCCCGGACUCACCGCUGGAGGCUGGGCGAGCCGCAGGAGCUGCGCAGGACCAUGAGGAUCAUCCUUGGGGAAAGCGGUGGCCUGUCUGGAGGGGCAGCAGUCGGGGUCUCAGUGGCCGUCACCUCCCUCUUGGCAGCUCUCAUCGCUUUGGCUUUCUAUGGCAUCCGGAAGUACAAGAGUAAAGGCUACCAGGCAAUUGAUGGGGAACAGGAGAGUUUGUUAGCGGUUACUGCAACUAGAAACAUCCCUGAGCAAGAGCCCAGGGAAAAUCCAGCUUGAAUCUCUACGUCCAGGUCAGAGCUCUCCUGGACACGAGGUUCCGUCACUUCUGACCACAGCUUCAAGCACAUCUUCCAUUCUUUCCCUCUCCACUUCUGUCUUCCAUGUAAGGAAGUACCACGUGUCACAAACCAGGUAUAACUUUACAACUUCUUGCGUAGAUCCCAGGGCCACAAAACUACAGGAGCCCCGGGGACAAGGUAGGCAGUAGGGAGAUGGAGGAACCGUGACUGGGGAUGCACAGGCCACCCUGGGGACUAAAGCCGAAAGGGAUGUCUUCUCCCAAUGUCUGUCCUUAAUUGUCUUCACUUGGUGGGUGUGGGGAAAGGAGGGAGGAUGCACACCUUUGAAUGGGAAAUCACGCCUUGUCUGAAGUCUGCAGUAGCUUUUUAUCUGUCAGUUGUAAAAAUUUCUGCCUUUAAGUACCAUCUGCCUUGUAUUUUGUGCUUUUAAAAACUGUUUGUACUUUCUGCUUCUAGGCUUGCAAAAAGAUACAGGAAGUCCUGUGUGGCCACUGUUUUUUGGCCUUGACAGCCCCAUGCUGACCCCCUGGCUCAGUUUAGGGGAAGGAUGUUCUCCAAGUCAACUCUACUCUUUCCAACUACCCCACAAUUAGGACUUCCUGAGACCAGGCCACCGGAACUUCUGACUAGUGUCAGCAAGUCCUCAGAAAGUAACUUAUAAGCUUCUGUUAGGUCAAGAGCAAAGGAAUGGUUGGGAGAGGUGGAGCAAAAGUAACAAAUGAAAGGCUCUGGCGCUUAGGAGAAACUGGAAUUGUUAACCAGCUCGUUUCUUUUUCCCGACCUCAUCAGGAGUCAGGCACCGAAGGGGCUGUACAUUUGGAUAGACCGACCAUUCUGGUUUCGUGUUCUGUGUUACCACGAAGAAUCAUUUCCGCGUCCAUGAGCAGCCCCUACCCUUUCUGUUUUCUGUCCCUUGUGUGGGUGUAUGAUAAGAACACACACACACACACACACACACACACACACACACACACACGUUCACAUUUUCCCAAGAGCAAGAAAAGCGAGAAGUCAAAGUGAGCCCACAUCUAGGUAUUACUUCCUCCCUAAAACCAAAAAAAGCACCGGAAGCACCAUGUGUGCUGUCUUUUUUCCCCUGGUAGAGAAAUUCAGGUCUUUGAAUGGAAUGAGCCAUCUGGAACCGCUGGCGACACCUGUGUGCCAGGCUGAUGCCCGGGUGCGUCUAGCAGGAUGCCCGGCCGUCAGCAUUUGGGCUCUGCUUCUCUUCAACACCAGUUGUAUCUAAUUGUAAUCACCUCCACACCAUUUUUAAAAAGUAUGUAUUUAUUUACCCGAUCAAAUGUCACCGGUGAGUUGCUGUCUAGGAAGGGUGGUUUGUCCUCUCCACUAAGGUUCACAGUCAAGGGCAUGAGCUUGCUGGAGGCCCUUCUUCUGAAGGGGUUGACGUCUCCCAGCUUGUGGGGAGGCGGGACUAAGAGCAUGUAUUCAUUUCCAACUGAGACACACGGCGUGAGUAACAGAAUUUGAGACCCCUCUCGACUGCUCGGCCAAGGAUGUUCAUUUCUAGAACUUCUGUACUUACUCUGUCCCGUAAGUGUUCAACUGUUCUCCUCAACUUCUGGGCAUUUUGUGGCUUCUGGGUAUUUUGUGUGUUUCAGCCAAUCUAAUCACUUUUCUGCCACAGACUGACUGAAUUCUUUAACGAUUACUCAAUCAAACAGAGUGACGCCCAAGGUUCCCAGACUUUUACUGCACUAGUUGCCCAAGGAAAUUAAAAGUUUUUCACAAGUUUCUAGUUGUACUAAUAAAACUUCACACAAAUAUGCAUUAAGAUA